AUGUUGUUCCAAAUCUUGCAGCUCAUUGUUAUAUUUUAUGUUGCUAUUGAUGCAGAAGGGAGACAUGUCAAAGCCAGAGGAAGAACCAAGCAUCACAUGACCGAGCAUCAGCAACACUCUGGAAAAGGGAAAGAAACAUCUUGGAAUUUUGUGCUGCAUGACACCUUUCUGGAAAAGGAACAUGCCAAAUCAGAAGUAAGUGAAAAUAAUCCAGAGAAAAACAAAGCUUCCAAAUUAAAGCUUUUAGCGAAAGACUCCAAAGGAGUAAGAACUGUGCAGACUAUGGAUUUGUCUAGGAUGACGGGCCAUAGUAGAACCAGAAAGAACUCUUUCUCUGCUCAUUCUUUCAAUAUAAGAAAUGUAGAUGUGCAUGAAAAGUAUGCCAAAAAGUCUUGGGACUAUUUCGUAUAUAAACUGAAUGGAGCCACGGAAGACUUUAUCUAUCCAGUUAAAACACAAGAAAUACAACAGGAAGUGUGUAAAACAGUACCAUUCUUCCAGAAAGUUAUACACGAGAACUGUGACAAAUUGGUGAUACAGAAUAAUCUGUGCUUUGGAAUAUGCAACUCUCUCUAUGUACCUAACCAGAGAGACCAGCUCAACAUCUGUUCUCAUUGUCAGCCUUUUAAAUUCACCAUGAAUCACCUGACGCUGAACUGCACAGGAUCUAGCAAUGUGGUAAAAGUUAUUAUGAUGGUGGAAGAAUGCAAGUGUGUUGUACAUAGGUAUAUUGAUCAUGGGACAGUCUUUGCCAACAUAGGCGUCAAGUCUUAUGGAAAUCAAUAA